CACAACUCUACCGCUGCUCAAUUGCGAUCCACAACCUUCGCUCCCCUCUCAACGCGUCUCACCCCACAGAUUCGUUCCCUAGAGCAAGUGUACCGCCCCCCACACUGCCAUGGCGAAAGAUCUUGACAUGAAAGACGUCGCCAACACUGCGGGCAAGGAUCAGAAGAACGAUGAAACCAAACCGGAGCCUUUUAAAGAAGAACCGCUCAAGAUAAGCGCCAUCGAGCUUCUUUCUACCGAUAUUCGGAAGAACAUCGGUGUUCUGGAAAAAGCCAUCCACGCGAAAGAACUACGCCUUCUCUCCCGCGUCCUCCGUAGUACGGGAAACAUCCGGAAGCGAAUUUCACCUCAGCUGCUCAGUCGCACCAUCAAAUGCUACGUCCCGGACACUUACUACCAUAAGGCAGUGCUCUUGAAUUCGCUUUCGGCGGCUCCGAAUGUGAGCAACGGAUCCAAAAUGGACGUGGAUGAGAAACCGCCAAGCGACGAAGGGAAGAGCAAAUUUGCUCCCAACACAAACUACGACCUCCUCGACACGCCGGCCACGACCACCACGCCGGAAGUAUCCGCCUACAUGCACCUACUUACGGUACUCGUCCUCCUCGACAAAAAAAUGCUCCCGGAUGCCGUGAGCGCUAGCAGGACCCUCGUCGAAUCGCUCUCCGUUUUCAAUCGCCGCACCAUGGACGAGAUCAACUCUAGGGCCUACUUUUACUUUGCGCGCACCAUUGAACUAUCUGGCUCGAUCGCCUCGAUCCGCUCAACGUUGCUUGCGGCUUACCGAACGGCUACCUUACGUCAUGACGCGGCCAGUCAGGCUGUGUUGCUCAACUUGUUGCUGAGAAAUUACAUCUCGUACAAUUUGUACGACCAGGCCGACAAGCUGUUGUCCCGUGCUAAGUUUCCGGAAACGCGUAGCAACAACCAACUCGCUAGGUAUUUGUACUACAACGGCCGUGUCAAGGCAAUGCAAUUAGAGUACUCGGAGGCACUGUGGAAUUUGCAGCAAGCAUUGCGGAAGGCGCCGCAGAAUGCGGCACUCGGGUUCCGUCUUUCGGCGCAAAAGUUCAUGAUCAUUGUGCAACUGCUGACUGGAGAGGUACCCGAAAGGGAAAUUUUCCGACAGAGUCAGAUGCAGAGGGCGUUGCGUCCGUAUCUUAGUAUUACGCAAGCUGUGCGGAGUGGAGACAUGCAGAAGUUUAAGCAGGUUUUGGAUGGAUCACAUGACGAGUUCGUCUCUGACAAUACGUACUCUCUUAUCAUUCGGUUGAGGCACAAUGUGAUCAAAACUGGGUUGAGAAUGCUGAGCUCAUCGUACUCGCGCAUUUCCCUUGAGGAAAUUUGCCGGCGUCUCCAUUUAGAUUCGGCAGAAGAUGCAGAGGGUGUUGUCGCCAAGGCGAUCCAUGACGGUGUGAUCGAUGCAGUGAUCGAUCACAAGGAAGGAUUCGUGCGAUCAAAUGAAACGAUCGAUGUGUACUCCACGACAGAGCCGACAAAUGCGUACCACAGUCGAAUUCAGUUCUGCCUCAACGUGUACAAGGAGGCAGUGCGGGCGAUGCGAUUCCCCGAAAAACGCGAGGACGAAGAGACGCCCGAGCAAAGGAGAGAAAGACUGAAGGAACAAGAGGAGCUUGCGAAGACGCUCGCCGAGGAAGAGGAUGAAGACUUUGAGCCUUAACUUUUGUGUCGUAUUGUUUGUAAAGCUAUGAAAGGAUGAGGAUUGAGAUAAUU